CUCUCUCUCUCUCUCUCUCUCUCUCUCUCUCUCUCUCUCUAAAAUGUCCCAAAACUUCGUGACCUGCCUGUACCAAGCCGAUCUAGGCGGUCUACCCACCUUCAUCACACUCACCUGGUCCAAAUGCCUCCUCUCCCACACCCUCUCCCUCUCUCUCUCCUCCUCCCUCUCCUCUCCCUCCACCACCUCAACCACCAUCAAUCUCUCUCCCUCCCCCUCCUCUCCCCUCCUCUCUCUAUUCUGCCCUGCCCCCCGCCACUCCAAAAGCCUUCCCUGCCCUCACCACCCCAACAACCAUCCACCCCUCUCUCUCUUCUUCGACUUCUCCAAAGCCCACUUCUCCCAGAGCCCCGAACCCACCUCAAACUUCUUCCUCACCAUUCUCUCUCCAAAAUCGAAAACACCCGCUCUCUUCUUCGGUGACCUCCACGAUGAAGCUAGAAACCGAACCCACAACGCUUGCCUUCUCCACCCCAAACUCCUCUCAAGGCGAGAGCACGUGUUCGGCACCACCGACUACAAAACACAGGCACGACUGGGGUCCCUGGGGCAUUCGCACGAGAUCGCAAUCGAGUGCGGAAAGAAGGAGAUGGUGGUGAGAGUUGACGGAGUGGCGGUGGUGAGAGUGGAGAGAUUGGAGUGGAAAUUCAGGGGUAAUGAGAGGGUGAGAGUUGGUGGUUUCGGGGUUGAGAUAUUCUGGGACGUGUAUAAUUGGGUAUUUGGAGGGGGUGGGAAUGGGGUCUUUGUGUUCAGGACAGAAGGGGGAGAGGAGGGUGAGGUUGUUGGGGUGGGCGGACCUCCGGUGGGAGGUGCCGAGAGACGGAUGCUCAGGAAGAAGACUCUGUCUUCCCCGUCUCGGUCUCCAGCAUCUGUGCUGCGCUGGGGGGAGAGGAGUGGGGCGACUAGUGGCUCGGGUGGAAGCGGGAGUCCGAAUUCCGGCUUCUCUUUGCAUUUGUAUGCCUGGAAGAAGGAGUGAGCGGAUCCAACAAAGAGAGAGAGAGGUUCCUGACUCUGUUCUCAAGUGAGAGAGUUUGCAUCAUAUAAAUUAGACAGAGAAUAUGUACUUUGGUUCUGAUUUGGGGGGGGGAAAAGGAAUCUGGUCUCUGAAAAUCUUUCUAUGUAGAGUGAGACGAGGAGUAUGGAAACUGGUUUUGAUUUGAUUAGAGGGGUUGCCUCUCUACUCUGCUUUCUAAUUGAUGGAGGAGAGAGAAGUAGUAAGUGCGGCUUUUCUUUUUCUUUUCACUGUGUUAUUAUCCUCAUGUAUAUAAAACAAUGAAGCAACAAUUCAGAUGAAUGCUUCUCUC